AUGAAGAUUUUAAUGAGAGCGGAUACUCAUUAUAGUAUAGGAGUGAGAAGCACCGAAUUUGAAAAGCCCAAAUAUACUUUUUCACAGGUAUUGGCGGCUGUAGCAGUAUCGAUGGGCUCCAUGAUAAUAGGAUUUUCAGCAGCUUACACUUCCCCUGCUCUGGUAACAAUGGAAAACAGUACGACUAUUUCCAUCACUAAAGAACAGGCUAGCUGGGUGGGCAGUUUGAUGCCACUAGCUGCACUUGCAGGCGGUGUUGUGGGAGGACCUCUCGUGGACUAUAUUGGAAGGCGAAGAACGAUUAUAUGCACCGCGCCCCCUUUCUUUGUUGGAUGGAUCCUUAUAGCAACGGCGAAGACUGUACACCUAGUGCUAACAGGCCGUGUUAUAUGCGGACUGUGUGUCGGAAUCGGAUCACUGGCAUUCCCCGUUUAUCUCGGAGAAGCGAUCCAACCAGAAGUCAGAGGCACCUUAGGGCUAUUCCCAACUGCCAUAGGAAAUAUUGGCAUAUUAAUCUGUUAUCUCGCAGGAAUGUUCCUCGAUUGGUCAGAGCUAGCUUAUUUAGGAGCCUCUUUGCCCAUACCUUUCUUUAUUCUAAUGCUAAUGAUUCCUGAAACUCCCCAAUGGUAUUUAUCUCGCGGCCGUAAUGAUGAAGCGCGAAAAGCCCUACAGUGGCUCCGUGGAAAAAAUGCGAAAAUAGACAAUGAAUUGCGUGAUAUCGCCCUUUCAAACGCUGAAGUAGAAACUAAUGACUCAAAUAUAAGAGAGCUAUUUAGCCGUAAGUACACAAGGUCUAUAUUAAUUUCUUUGGGCCUGAUGACGUUUCAGCAAUUAUCAGGUAUUAAUGCAGUUAUAUUUUACACUGUAUCAAUAUUCAAAAUGUCUGGUAGUUCAGUAGACGGAAAUUUAUCGACUAUCAUAGUAGGGACUGUUAAUUUUAUAUCCACAUUCAUCGCGACAGCACUCAUUGAUAGGGCCGGUCGUAAAGUUCUCCUAUACAUUUCAUCCGUCACAAUGACCAUAACAUUAAUUGUGUUGGGUACGUUCUUUUAUGUACAAAUCGAUUUAAAAAUGGAUGUGUCUUCGUUAGGCUGGUUACCAUUGACGUGCCUUAUGAUUUAUUUAUUAGGGUUUUCGUUAGCUUUUGGCCCUAUUCCCUGGUUAAUGAUGGGAGAAAUAUUGCCAGCAAAAAUAAGGGGAGCCGCCGCUUCUAUAUGCACAGCAUUUAACUGGUUAUGUACAUUUACGGUUACAAAAACAUUUCUAAAUAUAAUAGAUGGUAUUGGGCCAGCAGGAACGUUUUGGCUAUUUGGAUGUAUUACUUUCGUGGGUUUGUUUUUCGUGGUAGUAUUUGUACCCGAAACUAGAGGCAAGAGUUUGGAACAAAUUGAGAAUAAAUUAACAGGCAGAUCUACCGCUAGAACUCGUAGGAUGAGCUCAAUAGCAAAUAUAAAACCACUGCCAAAUGGUUGCUGAUUUAUGUUAUUACAAAUUAUUUUAUAGUAAUGCUGUAAUUUUUCUAACUGAUUAAUUAUCCAAGUAUCACCGCUUAACUAAAAUUGCUAAUGCAAGAAACACGAUAUUUUGAUCACAGCCAGCUCUUUUUAUUAGAGUUAAAGAUAUUUAUUGAGAUAGGGUUUUGGAAAAUAAUAUUCCUACACUAAUGUCGUAUUUUAAGAAAUGUAUAAAAAUAGAUAGAUCUAUAUGAAAUGUUAUAGAUAAACUUAAAGCCAUACUUAUUACUUGAAUAUUUUAAUUGACUAAUCAAAAUAAGAAUUAAUCUUAAUUUAUUACACUUAAGUGAAAGAAUUAAUUAUUAUUUGUAAGUAAAUUAACAUAAGAUAGGAAAGUGUAAUUAAAACAUAACUUAUUUGUUAGUUAUUUUGAAUAAUAGAAUAUUAUUUGUUAUUUUUUUAUAAAAUGUAAGGUAGACAGUGCACUGUCUUAUAGUCCUUAUACUAGUGAAAAAAAAAUCUAUAGACAAAAGAAUUAGUUGUUAGACUGAAUAUUUUUUUAAAUGUUGUCUAUAGACUAUAAUAAUAUAACUAUUUUAAUAAUUUUGUACUUAGAAGGGUGUCCAAAUUGUUAUGAGUAUUUAAUGUUUGUCACUUUAAUUAAUUUAUUGUUAAUUAUAGUUGUCAAUUUGGUCAAUAUUGACCAAAAAAAUAAUCAAUUAAUGAUAUUACAAUUGCAUUUUAAAUCUGUGGUCUGGUACCCAUAGUUACAAGCUUUGCUUAGAUUGGGACUGGAUGGCGCAGUAUAGAAUGUUAAGGAAUAUUUUUAUUUUAUUAUAUUAAACCUUGAAGUGAAUUUGUUAUCUAGAAAAUAACAAACCUCUUUUUUUGGAAAUCAAAUACUUUAUUGAAAAGUGAAAACUUAGCAUUUCAAGAUUUAGAUGGAGUAAUGAGGAUACAUACCUGCAAAAUUGCCUACAGAAAAAUGUUGUUAACAUUUUACUCAAUUUUACCGUGGAAUCUUAAACUUAUAUUUAGUAGCAUAUGUGACAAAAAAAUCAAUUUGAGCUUGUUAAGUGUUGAUUGUCAUACUAUUAUUAUGUCCAUUCUGCCCACCCUACAGAAAUCUCAAUUUAAAGUUAAGAUCUAUGUCUUAGUUAUUAAAUGUAAAAUAAAAAAGAUAAUAAUAA